AUGAGUAGCUCUGGAGAAGAAUUUGAGAAUGUUAAAUACAUUUCCUCAAAAAUUGUGAAAAAAUAUCUUGCAUGGCUCAAGUCGUCGGUUUAUGAAGAAACUUUCAAAAUGUUAUUAGCUUCCAAAAUAUCAAUAGAUGGUGAUUUCGCUUUUUCUUCAGAUGAUAUAAAAAACAUUUCAAAGUUUGUUGCAUCGGGCAAGGAUUAUUUAGAGGAGAACAACUGUGACUGGAUGAACCGUUUUCGAAUGCUGACGAAAGAUCAACAAUAUGCCGUUGUCAGACAUCAGCAGUUCUCCUACUUUUUAAAAAUGGCUAAGAAACCCACCUUAACCUGCCGAAACUUUGAAUACAAAAAUUAUAAAGCAAAGAUUCAUCACAAGGAUAAAAGUUCGACUAGCAUGAAAGAUGUCAUCUACACUUUACCUUAUUUCCGCAAGAAAUUCCAAGACGAUUCAUGCGCUGUGUGCAUUGAGAAGUUUACUGAGGGCCAGUUUGUUCGAAAGUUGCCAUGUCAGCACGCCUUCCACCUCUCAUGCAUGUCUCAGUGGACCAAAAGAAGAACUACGUGUCCGACAUGCAGAAGAAAGUUGGCAGUGAAGUGUGAAAUCACCUACGAUGUUGAAAUGGAGAAAAUGAAAGAUUGCAGCACUUCGGUUGAAAUUCACCUGCGGACGGAAUCACUCUUCUAUUGA